GCUUACGAUAACACUCGGCUGUCGGCUGUUCGUCCUUUGGAAGUGUCGGCGACAUUUGGGUUUAACUUUUCGCUUGCUGCUGCUUGCUAGCAUCGCUUGUCUUAGCAAAGGAGUGUUCACGGCCGACCAACACCGAUACGUGGACGAUAAGAGAUAUUGGGGACAACUAGGGUUGCAUAGCACACUUUCUCCAUCUCGGUUUCAUUACUCUUUUCGUUUAACGAAACACACCGCUUGCAAACUGUCUUCACCGCACAAGCCCUCCCCGUGGGAAGCAAGGUUAAGGGAGCCAAAGCGCAGACCCAUCAGUUCGCAUUCUCCGUCAUUCUCUCCUUCUCGGAGCAGGUUCCACAAAGGAGAUGAGAACAGAAUGGUAGAACCCUCGUCAUGUGCCUUUGGAAAGUCGGACACCGAUUCCAACAUCAUGCCCUCACUCACGAACUCUCUUUCCUCGGCGUUUGUGCUAAAGCCGUUCCCGGCGGCGUCGAAAACCGUUCUCACUUAUCAGCACUUUCGGGUGGAAAUGCAUUCUGACGAUGCCAAGGAUAAGGUCUUUCUUGCCAUCGUUAAAGCACUUUUGCGACAGGGGAACAGGCCGUGUACGCCGAAGGAACUUAGCAAUCUUAUUUUACGCCACAAACUGACGACUUUGGGUGGUGCAACACCAUACGCAACCGUCUCCUCCCGAAUAUCGCAACAUUUCAAAAGAGCAACGGAGCUGUCUCGACCGCCUUUACUUGGGAGACGAUCGCUGGAUGAACGAAACUCUCGACGGCUUGUGUAUUAUGUCGACCAAGUCGGCGUCCCUGUCAAGCCGCUGGACGAACUAGCACACUCAGAGUCAGACGAAUCGAUGGAUGUUGGGGAUCAUUUGAGUGAUAGCUUUGUGUCGUCUCUUGCGUCGUCUCCUGUCUUAGCGCCCGGAUCCAUCGAUAUAUUAUCCGGCGCUCAUGGGGAUACGGGCAUAUCGAGUAGUCUCAAAGAAGGUGCCGGUGGAGGAGCGGACGGACCCGCGACGCCUUUGCGUGUAUCAACAAGAGUGAAGCGCCGAAGAAGUCCAUAUUCACCACCAGAUGACCAGCAGAGCAAACGCAGCCGGAGCGCUAGCUUGGCAUCUGCUGUGACACCGAUAGUGUCCCCUUCGUCAGGGACUGGGACGGACGAUAUGGAUAAGCCUGUAAUCCUGGUGGAGGACGUAGAAUUGGUCGAUCUGAGCACCCCUGCCGCCUCUAGACGAUCAUCCGUCGUAGAUGCUUCUGUACCAGAGGUAGGUGCGAAUAUCGAGCCUGAUUCAAUAAAGAACGAAGAUCCCACGACCGACUCCGAGCAGGAUUUUCACGAGGAUAUGAUGAAGGUAGACGGAGAAUACGGCUCAGGUCGCUCUUAUCAGCCUGCACGCUUGAUUCCAUCGACUCCUUCUACAUAUCGACAACGGGUAUCGAGCGACGAGUUCCUCUUGAAGCCUAUAACUUCCCCCCAAAUACCCUCGUUUCAGUCCUCUCUUCCAUCAAAAUUGUCCCCCUCUCGUCCACAUUUGGGGUUUGAGCCAGCCGACCAUACAAUCCCAUCACCCUUUUUCGAUCCGGAGGUCGACCCACUAGGGGUUGAAGCACAUGAAUCGAGAGCAGGACCUAAAGCCGAAAACUAUUCUGAUUUGCGUAUGUUUGAUGUGGGUAUCCACGAAGAGUUGGACUAUCACGAAUUCCAUCAUCCGGAAGACAUGAGCGUAUCUGAGCUGGAUUUGUUGUUGAGAGAGGAUGAGGGCAGUUGGGGAGUACUUGGUGGGGUCACACCUGGGCAGUCGCCGAGAAAGCGUCCUGCGGAAAGCCUGGCACCAACACCAACGCGGAUGAGAGACUCCGUGGUCACUCAGCGUCAGGACGCUGGUAGUGAAUCGGUACAAGUCGCAAAAAAGAGGAAAGUACAGCCUGCAUGCGAAGGGUCUGUGAACGACACUGGGUUGAAAAACGAUAAGAGCGGAGAAGGAGAUGGUGAUGCAUCAGGACAGUCAACCAAGAGGCCACCUGUGACUGCAGAGUCACACGCCUCUACAUCUGUAUCUCAGCAGUCCGCAUCAACCAUCCCGGAAAACAAACAGGACUCUUCGCCUCGGCAAAAUUCAACUGAGCAGUCUCGAUCAGACAAUGUGGAAGAUGCAGCCACAGAUCACCUAAGUACAACCAUCUGCAACCAGGCGGUUAGCCAUACACCUUCACCACCACGCACUCCUCGGAACGACACUCCGUCUGACCACAGCCUGCCAAGCCGAUCUCAUUCAGCGCUGUCUGUUGCAUCCUACCGAUGUAACGGCGAUACCCUAGAACUAUACGAGAAAGCCCAUGAUCCCAUUAGCACCCGGGUGAGCAAAAUCAAAUCAGCACCGCGAAUGGAGCUAGUCCUACGAACUCUACAUGUUGACUCGUUGGGACGAGCAAUUUUGAAACCUCCGAGUGACAAUGAACCGGAUCGAAAGGUUGGGAUACGUAUGAGGGGAUAUGUCCGAGCUAGGGAGUUAUUUGAAGUCGCCCCUUCUCAGGAUGUUUCAGUUCCAACUUCGCCAGAGGUCAAAGUCGAAGACGAGGAUGGAGAAGAUAUUGACAUGGAGGACGAGUCUGUGUGGGUUGCCUAUACUGAAGAAGUGCGUCGGCGGGCCGUUGGGCCACGAACGGGGGAUGAGAGUGCGGUUGUGAGGAUUGUGGGUGAGAAUGCGCCGGGGUCUGAGACUGGACAUGUUCUCGUUGUCCUGAAAGGAUCGGACGUCGAAGGGGAUGGUUUGGUACCUGUGGAAUGUGGAGGAGUAUGGAUACCUACAUCGGAGGCUCGGCGACUGGCUACUAAACUUGGCGUGUCAGCACAAUUCAACGAACUGCUGGACAUGGGAGACGAAAGCAAUAAUGGAGAAAUCGAAGUUCUUCCAUCAUUCUCCACAUUAACAUCUCCAAAGCUCCCGCCUCUACCAUCAACUCCUACGCGCCCAUCUGCUCGAAGUCUCCCUUCUCCCGCGUCAACACCUAUUCCUUCUGCACUAUCUAGUAAAGUUCCCGAUGCAAGUCUUGGUCCGGCAAUGUUAGAAGAUGACAUGGAAGUCGAUGAAGGGCACGAUUUUUUGGUGUUUGAAGGUGAUGAAGAGUGGAGCCAUGAUGAGAGCAGCGCUGUGACUGGAAGCGAAGGGCCUGAAUCUAAUGUUGUCUCCAACGGCGCUAUGGAGAAGCUACCAGUGACCAUUGAUCAUUCAACGCUGGAGCUUAUAGCGCCAGUCCAGCCUCCACCAAAUUCAACGCUACCAUUAUACAUGGCGACAAUUGACGGAGUCUUAGUGUACAUAACGUGGUUGACCAAGGGUUCCGACGGAAGUAUCGCUCCUACUCCUGCAAGAGAGAUAUCGGAUCCUUUGGAGAGCUCUCCCGCAGGGUCGGAGGAAUCUGGUGCAGCGACGCCCCCAUCAGCGCCCGCGGCGCCCACAUCAGGGCCAACAUCCACCCCACCACCAGUCCCCCCACCACCCGGUUCAUCGUCUGCUGUUCCCUUGCUUCGUCGUGUGGAUAAUAACAUGGUCAACGCGACCCUCCUUUUACACGCCGGAGGUCUUGUCACCGAUAAAGAGCGGAGCAUAGUAUUGUCACUAGAGCGAGGUCGAGCGCGAUGUCGUAAGAAGGGGAGUGGAUUAUAUGGCACGUGGAUUCCGCUCGCGCGGGCACGUCAUCUCGCGAGAAGCUUUUGUCUCGAGAACCGAUUGAGUUUGUUCUUGAGUGACGGAUUUGGAAGAGUCGUCUUUGGCGUCGAUGGUGUAAACGGUGCCAGAGGGAAGGCGAAAUUGGCCAACGAUGACGCGAGCGGGAGUGAGGGUACCCCCGUAGCGGCGGACGGCAGCGGUUCGUCAGUGGACGCAGGAAGUGAGGCUGGGGACUCAUCAUUUGUAGAUGGGGCUGCGUCGAAUUUGACCCCUGCAGCUGCCGCGUUGGCGGCUAGCAAAGCAGCAAUGCUGGGCCUGACAUCGUUACCCCCUAACGUAGUGUCUGGUUUAGCAAGCAUAGGGGCCGGGGGAGGAGCGGCUGGGAUAAGGGGAUUGAUGGCUAAUAGAGGGAGAGCAAGAGGCAGGCCACCCUUGAAGCACCAUCCUAUUUCUGGUAGAGGUUUCAUGAAUGUGGGGCGAUUAGGAGCCACUCUGGGUAGCUCGCCAUCUUACACUCCCAGCGGGACGGGAACCAAUGUGUCUACGACCCCUACAUCUUCGGCGAUGGCGGCGACUCAAGCGGCGAUUGCGGCGUUAUCAAAGCUAGGGGGUAAUGGACCUUUGACAGCAGCAACUCUUGCGAGUGCCUUGGCUGCAUUGAAUCAGGUCAACCAGCAGAAUAUCACGGCUGGCAAAGUAACGACUCCGGGUUCCAGUCCAUCAACUCCCACAAAACCGGCUUACGCCACUGGGACAUCUCCAAGCCCCGCAACAACAACAACUGCUACAUCUAGUUCCACUGCACCAGCAGCAUCCGGCAUCCCCACACCUGCUAGCAUUUUGGCAGCAUUUACCAAUAUGCUAAAGAACGGGUUCCCUGGUGGAUGGAAACCUGCAGGCGCGCCCUCGAUAAAUACAUCCACAACGUCCACCACAUCUGCACCACCGUCUUCUGCGAGCAGUUCCAUCACCUUCCCUUCGUCGUUGAAAGUUGAUCCCAAACCUGGAGUUUCCUCUUCUCCUUUAUCCACAACACCUGUAACUACUCAAGGCGUCGUGGCGAGAGCACUCGCCGCUGCUGGAGCAGGUCGUGGAGGAGGUUUAUCUGGAACCGGAUUAUCCAAUCCCGUAUCGAUCCAGACAAAUGCGUUGGCAGGGCUGCCUAAUUUGGGUAAUCUUGGGGGAACCAGCUUUUCGCUCUUGCCGUUCACAAUGCAAAACAGUGGAAAUAACCUGUCGUUGGCCACAUCUACGACGUCCACCUCGGCAACAUCCUCUACUGGAAUAAGUAUUGGAGGCAUCGACGGUCCAACUCCCGCUCUUCCUCUCUUGACCCCUCCCACUGUCCCCAUCAUUGCUAUUGAUGAUAUUGAUGGCGGUGAUGCAAACAUGCCGAUUGCAAGUCCUGCGGCAUUGGCUGCGGCAGCUGCCGCUGCCGGUGUUACCUUACCAGUGGGUGUGGAGUAUGUAGAGGAGGAAGAGGAGGAAGAAGAUGAGGAGGAGGUUGAGGAGGUUACAGAGGAACAAGGCGAGGCGGAAGACGAAAACGAGGGAGAAACGGCGCAAGGGGGAGGAGGAAAAAGCCGACCUGGCGCGAAAGCAAACGGCACGACCAAAAUCGAACAAGAAAACGAGUCAGAUGAAUCCGAUGAACCCGACAAUCAAGAUAACGAUGCAGACGAUGACGACGAUGAUAGUGAUAUUGAAAUUGUUAAAUCUAGCGGAGGCAAAAGCGCACCUUCUCGCUCUGGCGGCAAAAUCCGACCCCGUGCCGCCGUUCCCCCUACGAGCCGUCGAGCCCCAUCCACAAGUGGUAAAUCCCGUGGUGGAUCGACGGGCAUGGCAACGCGCUCCACACGAAGCGCUAGUACGCCCAACACAAAAGCACCACGGCGACCACCGCCAGCACCUAAAAAGGGGAGAGUAAAGAGUAAAUCUAGAAGAGGGGCGACGACCAUCAUUAACCACUCAAAUAAACACAGCACCGUUGUCAACAAUGGGGAUGUGGGUUCUGAGGAGGGAAGCGAUUUUGAGAUUGAUGUGGUGGAUGGAGAUGGUGUGGAUGACUUUCGGUGAAAGAAAGAAGGGGGUCGCUCUGUUUUUCGUCUUGUUUAUAUUUGUCUUUUUUUUUGAAAGAGUGGAGAGUCGGGCUUUGUUGUAGUAGCGUCAUCAGCUCCGUUCAUUUUUUUUUUCUUGUGCAAUAUGAUAUAUAAUGUAAACUUCUGCUCUUUGGAAAAGCCCUAUCCUAUCAUUUUACUACUUGUUUAACAUGAAAGAUACUAGAAUUUGCCU